GUUACUCUGCCGGAGUCCCUGCUCUCUCCUGUCUCUGCUCAGUUGAGGGGAUUUUGAAAAAGAGUUGGUCGUCUCGAUGUAGGGCGUGCUAUGACCGCGUCAUUGCUCCUCCACCCGCACUGGAUUGACCCGGUGAUGUUUGUCUACGACAGCGCUUUGGAUGAGAGAAGCAAGAACAUGGACGGAUUUACUGGAGGUAAUUUUGCUGCAAACCAGUGCAGGAAUUUGCUAGCGCAUCCAACCUCACUGGCUCCCAGCACCACCUACACUGCAAGUGAGGUGCCAGUCUCUGGCAUGGGGGAGCCUGGCAAACAAUGUAGUCCCUGUUCUGCCACUCAGAGUUCACCCAAUGCGUCUCUGCCUUAUGGAUAUUUUGGCAGCAGCUACAGUUACCCAUGCAGGAUGUCACACAGCAGCGUCAAGCCUUGCGCACAGCCUUCCGGCUAUGGCGAUAAAUAUAUGGACUCCUCUGUGUCGGGUGAGGAGUUCUCCAACAGGGCCAAGGAAUUUGCUUUUUACCAGGGAUAUUCCUCUGCUCCAUACCAGCCCAGCUACCUGGAUGUCCCCGUCGUCCCUGCGCUCAGUGCUCCAUCUGAGCCAAGGCAUGAAUCCCUGCUGCCCAUGGAGCCUUACCAGCCAUGGGCCAUCACCAACGGCUGGAGUGGGCAGGUUUACUGCACCAAGGAGCAGCCACAGUCGAAUUCUCUGUGGAAAUCCACGAUACAAGACUCGAUAUCUGCUGGAGACAGCUCCAUCCGCCGAGGAAGAAAGAAGCGCGUGCCUUACACCAAGGUGCAGCUCAAAGAACUGGAGAGGGAGUACAUCACCAACAAAUUCAUCACCAAGGAUAAGAGGAGACGGAUAUCCGCGCAGACAAGUCUGACAGAGAGACAAGUGACAAUCUGGUUUCAGAACCGGCGCGUAAAGGAGAAGAAAAUCGUGAAUAAGUUCAAGAGCUCCAGUUAGCGUGGAGAUACUGAGAGGAGAUACUGUAAGGCGGAAAUGGAUACGUUUCCCUCUCCCCAAAAAACUCAGAUAUAAUUUAUUGCAAUAUGAACUGUUUUUUCUUUGACGCUAGAGUGGCUCUGUUUUGACGCACACGUUUCCUUCCUCGCAUUUUAAUUGGAUCCAGAACCUGCGGCCUGUUGACAGGAGAUCGGAAACGGUUUGCAACAUGUUGACCAAAGUGAUUUUGCGACGGAUGUGUGUGUGUGUGUGUGUGUGUGUGUGUGAUCUCCUGCAAAAAACUAUAAGAAUUGAUGUCUUUGGAGGCCUCAGACCUCCCAACACAUCCUCCUGCGCGUCACAAUAUAAAAAUAAUCAGAUGAAAACUGAAAACCUGAAUCAAUUAGAGCUUUUAUUUUGUGACAGAGUCAACAGAAAACAAACUCAGUGAUCGAGGCUGAGUAAAUGGAAAAGGACAAACAAAUAAUUCAUUAGAAGAAAGAUGUUUUCACCAUUAAUUCAUAAUAAAAAGAAAGAUGCAUAAAAUACCUCUCUUACAGCCCUUAUUUAUAAUAGAUAGAACGGUUCAAGGUUUAUUAAAAUGAGGUUAGAGAUAUC